AUGGCAACCAUUGCCGAAGCUUUAUCCCGAUUGACUAUAUCUCCUUUCAACAAUCACAACCCCCCUCAAGCUUCUACCUCUAGCGGCCUACCCUCUCAACCUCAAACAAACCCCAAGGAGAGCAUCAAUGCUAUAACCUUAAAGAAUGGUACCAAAUUAGAUGAAGUUGGUCUCAAGCCUACAAGUGUAAAUAAGGAAGCCCACGAUGAAGAAAUCGAAGAGGAGGUAGAAUUGAAUAGAGGUGAGAAGGAAGAUGUUGAAAGAGAAGAGGAGGAUCCAUUAAAAGUCAAGGAGCCUAAAAGGAAAAAUCCUAUUGAGGAACCCACACCAAUUCCUUUUCCAACGGUGGCUAAAAAGGCCAAGAAGCAUGACGACUUUGAUCCUAAUAUGGUGGAGAUUUUCAAGAAUGUGGAGGUUACCGUCCCUCUUUUUCAAGCCAUCCAACAAGUUCCAAAAUAUGCCAAAUUCCUAAAGGAUGUUUGCACUCACAAGGAGAAAAUUGGUGAGCAAAGUAAGAAUCCGGUAAAUGACUCUAUCUCCUUUCUUAUUCCGGAGAAGUAUGGUGAUCUCGGUCCUUGUUUCGUGACUUGUGUGAUUGGUGGAAUGGAGUUCAUGGAUUGCAUGUGUGAUUUGGGAGCUUGUGUGAGUAUUACGUCCCUCCCUAUUUAUGAAAAAUUGAACUUGUCACUUUUGAAGCAGUCCAGGACAAGAUUUGUGUUGGCGGACAGAAGUAUUAUUUUGGUUGUGGGGAUUGCAGAGAAUGUGUUGAUGAGCAUUCAAGGUUUGGUCUUUCCGGUGGAUUUUCACAUUUUGGAGAUACCUCCAAUUGAUUCGGAUAAGCCAUCUUCCAUCUUCCUUGGGUGGCCAUUUUUGAAGACAUCUAAGUUCAAGUUAAAUGCAUUUUCGGGAGCCUAUUCGUUUGAAGCCGAAGGGAAGAUGAUUGAGCCUAAGGUUGGCCAAGAAGAAGAAAAGGUUGUCAAGGAGCCUAAGUCAUUGGAGCACACAAAAGCUAAGCAUGCUGAGGAGUUGGAGAUUUUCCUCCUUGGGGUGGCUUCAAGUAGUGAUCAUUGA